UAACGAGGCCUGGUUUGAGGUGGUCACGUGGAUUUUGGCGUGGUGAAGCGAGGCAUCGAAACAUCUUGCCCCGAUACUUUUCUUUGAAUGGUCGAUAAAGUGUCGAGUAGUUUGGUUCGAGCGCAGCAUCGCUAGUUUUUAUACAACAGUACACACAGCAUGUGCGGUUAAUAUGUAACUCCACGCUGCUGUCAACGGUUGUCAAGCGUGUAUUUCCGGGUCAGGGGUUACGGGUGCUGCUGGUUGUAGUUGAACCGUGAACCGCCGUGAACGGGCGGUUGUUACAGCAUCUGCCAUUUUGAUUAAAGCUACUUUGAGCGCAGUAGAUGGUGUGAACUGGCUCUCCGGGACAUAUCGUAGUACUUUAUAUCAAGGCUACUGUUUUUGGGCCAAAAUGCUCUCCGCAGCCCAGCUACUCGAUGAGUUAAUGGGCCGAGAUAGAAAUUUGGCCCCUGACGAGAAGCGAUGCAACGUACGAUGGGACGACGAGAGCGUCUGUCGAUACUAUCUGUGUGGCUUCUGUCCAGCGGAGCUAUUCACUAACACUCGCUCCGACUUGGGACCCUGUGAGAAGAUCCAUGAUGAAAAUCUUAGGAAAACGUACGAGAAAAGCUCUCGGUUCAUGAAGGAGGGCUAUGAGCGAGACUUCCUGCGUUAUCUACAGUCACUCCUGGCAGAGGUGGAACGGCGGAUUCGUAGGGGGCACGCCCGGCUUGCUCUAUCCCAGGCUCAGCAGAAUGCAGGGGGUCCUGGUCCAUCAGGAAAGAAUGAGGAGAAGGUUCAGGUCCUAACAGAGAAGAUCGAAGAUCUUGUUGUACAGAUUGAGGAGCUUGGGUCUGAGGGCCGAGUGGAGGAGGCCCAGGGAAUGAUGAAGCUGGUGGAGCAGCUGAAGGAGGAGAGGGAGCUGCUCAGCUCCACCCCCUCGACAAUCGAGAGCUUUGCAGCCCAGGAGAAACAGAUGGAGGUGUGUGAGGUGUGUGGGGCCUUCCUCAUCGUGGGUGAUGCACAGUCCAGAGUGGAUGACCACUUGAUGGGCAAGCAGCACAUGGGCUAUGCCAAGAUCAAAUCCACCGUAGAGGAGCUCAAGGAGAAACUACGUCGCCGCUCAGAGGACCCCCAAGGUGAAAACCCAGCGCUCAAGAGGGACAGAGAAGACCGCGAGCGUGAGAGGGAGGAAAGGGAGAAAAAACGCAAAGAGGAGGAAGAGAAGGAGAAGGAGCGGGAGAAAGAACGGGAGAAGGAGAGGGAACGCGAGAGAGAGCGGGAGCGUGAGAGGGAGAGAGACAGAGACAGAGAACGGGACAGAGACAGAGACAGAGACAGAGAUAGAGAUAGAGACAGGGAGAGGGACCGGGACCGGGACAGGAGGGCACGGCGAAGCCACUCGAACAGCCGCCACUCCAGUCGAGCAUCAGACAGGAAAAGGAGCCGGUCCCGCGAUCGCCGGAGGUCCAGGAGCAGAGACAAGGAGAGGGAGAGGGAGCGCAAACGCAGCAGGAGCCGUGACCGAGACCGGGAGAGGAGACGCAGCCGGGAGCGCUCUGACAGAAAGCGUCGCUCCCGCAGUCGUGAUAGGAGGAGGUCGCGCAGCUCAGAGCGCAAAUCUCACCGCCACCGUAGCCGCAGCAAGGACAGGGAGAAGGACAGAGAUAAGGAGAGAGACAGGGACAGAGAGCGGUCAUCGAAAGACAAAGACCGUAAGGCGACAGAGGAGAGGAGCAGCUCCAAGAAAGACAAGCACGCCGACGGCGAUGCAGCUGCCAUCAAGGCUUCAUCAGAAGCGGAACCGAUGGAGACAGAGGCUGCUGCCUCUGCCUCCUCCCCUCUGCUUAACGGCCAGCAAGAGCUCCUCCAUUCUGAAGGUGACACUCAGUCCAAUUAAAACUGAUCUGAUAGGACCUCAGAUCAGGCUCAGUGCAUCAUAAGUAUGCACUGAAGAUGAAGGACUAGGCCCGAUGAAUGAGAAGAAGGUAGAAAACAUUCACACAAAGCCAAGAGGGAAAGGCCAGUGUAGCCCUGAGCAAACAUGCCCGGAGGUACCCCUCGUUUUGUAUCGGUUUUUGAUCCUUAUAGAUGUUUAUUUGUCUUUGUGGACAAAAUGGCAGAAAAACAAUUAACCAAUACAAUCAAUUUUCCUGCCUGUAUUUACCUGUUUUUAUUUUGUUUUUUUUGUUUUGUUUUUUUUUUACUUGGCAGUAGGAAGAUGUAAUAACUUUGAUUUGUUGAGAUAUACUCUCCACAUAGGAAGAAAAUUCCACCAUUGUGUGUCUACAUGUAUAUAUAUUUAAGGGAUUUUUUCCUCCUCAUAUGUAAACACACAGACAUACUUCGUCAAAGGUGUAUGUGAAAAACAAGCCAUUUAUUUUUCCGUAAUCAUAACUCAAAUGCCAUGGAUUUGUUGUCCAGCUUACUGUGCCUGAUAAUGCCAUGCAGUGUGUGUUUGGGGGGUGUCAUAGCACCGGGGGGUCCUAACGUAACUAACUAACUGGAGGGUAGGGUUUAUCGAAUGAAUUGCAGCUGACUUCCAUACCUCACACAGCGUUGGUGUUGUGAGCGAGACCACAUGAGAAAAGGGCAAAUUAAAAAUCAUGGAUACUCUCUGACUGUCAAACUGUGCAGGUACUCACCCCAGGUACUCCUUUCUCUACCCACAUCCAUUUCUGAAUGCUGUUGCCUGUCAGAAAAGAAAUUUCUGUACUUCUCCAGAACAUGAAACUUAAAAGCUUGAUUGUGUAUAUUUUGUUACUGUGUUUCUCUGUUGCUCUUUAGUAGCUUUCAGAUAUGUUUGGGGGAUAAACUAAUUUGAUAGAAAUGUUUGGGAGACACAUUUUUUAAAAAAAAUGCUGAGAUGCACAGACAACCUGCUUGAUAUACCCAUGCCAACAGUUGAAAUUUUAACUCCUGUGUGUUCACUUUCACGUUGGCAAAGGGAAUAUCUAACAGGUUUGUCACUAUUUUUUAAGCAGAUUUAAGGUAGUGACCAGACUUUGUGGACUUUCUUCUGGCUCACCCCAAGUUAUUAAAGUAAUCCAGUUAAAAAUAUACUGACAAGUAUUAAUAAAAUAUCAGGAUAUUCAGCCAAAUACAGGAUUUCAAAUGUCCAUUGUGCGGGUAAAUGGAUAAUAUUUGUGCAUUAUUAGCUGUGUCUCUGUUUAUCAUCUACACUUUCCUCUGUGACUAAAUUGAGGGACAUAUGUAACUAAUAGUCUUCAUGUAGAUAAUAUUUGUUGCUCCAGUAGCAGCAGUGGUUGCUUCAAGCACUUGUUGUGGGACCUUUGCUAACAUCGCACUCUGUGGACAUUUUUGCUUAACAGGGGAAGCUGGGAUAACUGUCGGAGGAAGAAUCGGAAGAGCGCACCCAUCCUUACCCUGAACCUGACACUUCGCUGCUUAAAAACAAGGUGAACCACAAAUGUGUAGUGGCUUAUUUAAAAACAUGAACAUACAUGUGUAAAUGAGGAGAGAGGAAAAAAAAAAAACAUUGAUUUUCAUGUUUCUGUCUAUCUUUGGAUGAGGGUAGUUGUGGUUCAUCUGAUGUAUUUCUUGGUCUAGAUGUCUGCCAGACAUCACUUUAAAUACCAAACUUAGAGGAGAAGUUCAUUAUGGGUUUUUGUUUUCUUAUUUUGAGAAUCUUUACACAUCCUCGUUUCUUGGCAUUUAGUGAAAAUGAAAUAAAAAACAGUGCUUGUGGUUUGUUUUGGUUUGUCAGGUUCCACUUCACUUCCUGACGGUUUUUUAAGAAGUCAGUUGAAAGCGUCUGUACAAUGUUAGUCCCGUGACAGGGCGUGUCUCUUUUCUCCUCCACUUUAGAGCUCACAUUGAUUGCUCUUGUCCCCUUACUGUAAAAUAUACUGAUUAAUUUUGAUCAAAAGAUUUUGAAGACUGAAGAUUUGUUUAAUUUUGCUCUGCUUUAAAUGUCCAUGUGGUCUUGAUGAAUAAAAAGUAAAAAUGUU